ACUGGAAAUAGAUCAAAUUCCCAAAUAAAGGUUAAUGUGUAUUGUUUAUUUUUUUUUUUGUUUUUUUGUUUGUUUCUUUUAUUGAGCACAUUCUUCAAAAACUCCUAUUUCAAACACAAACUGUUUUUUUUUUUUUUGGUUUUUUUUUACAGGGUGGGAACUCCAGCAUGGAAAUCUAUCUAAACUACUGAUCUCAGAACACCCACUGAUCAUAUUUCAUGGUCAAUAAUGGAUUCAGUGGUGCAAUCUGAGGUUAUUCUCUCCGUUUACAUCAUUUCCUUCGUGAUUGGCCUCCCUGCAAAUCUCCUGGCACUUUAUGCCUUCAGUGUCAAGAUCCACUGCAAACCACUUCCCACAGACAUCCUACUUCUGAACCUGACUGUGUCCGACCUGCUUUUCUUGAUCAUCCUUCCUUUCAAGAUGCACGAGGCAGCAUCAGGCAUGAAAUGGACUCUGCCAAACUUCAUAUGCUCCAUCACCUCCUUCACUUUCUUCUCCACAAUCUACACCAGCUCCUUGCUGCUGAUGGCGAUCAGCGUGUUCCGCUACUUAGGAGUGGCAUAYCCCAUCACCUUCCAAAGACUGCAGAAACCCGUGUACCCCAUCGUCAUCAGUGCCGUGAUCUGGCUGAUGUCAGCGGGACAGUGCAGCACCGUCAUCUUCAUCCAGCACCACCCGUCGCUGGCCAGCCCCAAUUCUACCGUCUGCUAUGAAAACUUCACAGAGAAGCAGCUGGAGGUCCUUCUCCCAGUACGUUUACAGUUUUUCUUUGUGCUCUGCCUUGUGCCUCUUCUGAUUUCCAUCUACUGCUACCUGUGCUUGAUUCUGAUUUUGUACAGCCGUCCCAGGAUAUCAAGGCUGCAGAAGAAAAAGACUAUCGGGAUGGCUUUAGGGACUCUUGCAGUCUUCCUCAUUUGUGUCCUGCCGUAUAAUUUUUCUCAUUUAUUAGGUUACUUCCAGGGUAAAAGCCCACAGUGGAGGUACUACACUUUAUUGCUUAGUACAUUAAACACUUGUAUUGACCCCAUCAUCUUUUAUUUUUCCUCCUCCAUCUUCCAUUGUACCAGCAAAAAAUCCAUUUUCAAGAAGCAUGGACUUAAUGUUGUACAAACACCGAGUCCUAGCUCUAGCUGAUAGCAAAACAUUAUAAAAACAUAAACACAAAGCUGAAGUGCUCAUAUUGAAGUCAUAGCCACACUUGCGUCGUUUCAUAUUCGUCUAAACACCUUUGACGUGUCUCCAGUUA